AUGCCAAAGAAAUCGCCGAAUGAAGAGGUUUUGAAACUCAAAGAAAAGUUCGAGCAAAUCAAAAGAGUGGAUCAGUCUGAGAAAAGCAAGGAUCGCCCUGUUUCAAAGAAAACCCCAAUGGAAAGAACGCCUCCUCUGGCCAAAUCUUGGGAGUCGCAUUGGACGGAUCCCAUUGAAAAGCCCGCGAAAGCAAAUCCAGAAGUGGUUGAGGAGCCUGUGUUGGCUGCUGAUCCGAAGGAGGACAAAGAAGUUUCUCACGACGUCGAAGUGGACUCGGGUGAUGCAAGUCCGAUGGAGACCUUCCAGUUCGAAGCCUCGCAGCCAAGCAAGCUGACGAUCGGGAGAAACACCACUUUUGAUUUGGAUAACUUGUUGAACGAUGUGGACUUCGAGACCGAGCUCAUGGAGCUAGCGCCUUCCCUUGACACCAUUACUGAAGAAGCCUCCCAGACGGCCGAAAAGGAAGAGGCUGGCGAUGAUCUUGUGGAUGCCAGUGAGAUGUGGGAAUGCGAAGUGGUGUAUGAUUAUCAAGCGGAGACGGAGCAAUCGAUCAGUGUGUAUGCGGGUCAACAUGUGUGGGGAGUGGUGGAAAGUGGCGAUUGGACUCAGAUUCGUACAGAGGAUGGAAGGGAUGGCUUUGUUCCCACGUCGUUCUUAGAACGUGUUUUACCGCUACAAAUCCAUCGCGUUGUUGCUUUAUAUGAUUAUCAAUCAAACGAACCUGACAAGUUGUCGCUUCUUGCAGGGGAAGUUUUAGAGAUUUGGAGUGAGUGUAAUGGGUGGUAUAAUGGGAGAAAUGCAGCUGGCGAUACUGGGUGGUUUCCUGCCACCUUUGUUAACUUCAUGUAA